AUGGAAGGUCUUGACAAUUCGUCACAGUCCACUUCAACCACCGUUGGUAGCUCGAAACCAUAUGUUCACGCUAACGCCUCAAAUGUUAACGAUGUUAAAGAUUUCACACUCUCAGAUGAAUCACAGGAAUCUUCACCGGUUUUUGAUAGUCGUGCAGAAGAAUUCGAUCAACUGACACUCUCGGCAGCAGAAUCAUUGAAAACGAAGUUAACCGGUUUGGACGACUUUACAUUUAAACGUAAACAUUCAACACGAGCAACAAGUAGUCGUAUUUUUUCACGACCUGAAUCACCAAUGAAAAAGAAAUAUAAUUCUGAGGCUGGUCAUACUUCUACAAGUUUAAAAAAAUAUAACGACGAUGAAUUUGACGGGGAUAUUGCAGAUUGGUCGAUGGAGGGUACAGGAAGAAGAGUCGCUUAUGAUGAUUUUACUACAAUAGAUUGGAUCCAUGAUUUUGCUAAAGAGCGUGCGCGCCAAAGAAAAUUACGACAACAGAAAGGUAUAGGAGGCCGAUUAAAACUUAUUUUUGACGCAAUGGAGGGUUGGAUCGUUGUCUUAAUUGUUGGAGUUAUAUCCGGUAUUCUUGCUGCCGUUAUUGACAUAACAUCUGAGUGGCUUAGUGAUAUAAAAGAAGGGUAUUGUAAACCUGCAUUUUAUCUAAACAGAAAAAAUUGUUGUUGGGGUUACGAUGAUGAUCGUGAUUCAUGCGUGGAAUGGGUGAGGUGGAAUACCGCUCUUCAAGCAAAGUCUGCUGCUGCAGAAUUUUGGACAAAUUAUUUAUUUUAUAUAAUAUUUUCUACAACUUUUGCUACAAUAGCAGCCUACCUUGUAAAAUGUUAUUCUCUUUAUUCUUCUGGUAGUGGUAUACCCGAGAUCAAGACUAUCCUUGGUGGUUUUGUUAUCAGAAAAUUUUUGGGUUGGUGGACUCUAAUUAUUAAAAGUAUAGGCGUGUGCCUUGUCGCUGCCUCAAGCCUAUGUUUAGGUAAAGAAGGUCCACUAAUUCAUCUAGCUUGUUGUUGUGGAAACAUCAUUCCUCGAAUUUUUCCAAAAUUUAGGUACAAUGAAGAUAUAAUUUUCGAUGUUGAAAAUAAGUUUGCAUCUUCUAUAGCUAAAAAGCGAGAAAUAUUGUCUGCUGCAGCUGCUGCUGGUGUUUCCGUAGCUUUCGGUGCACCAAUUGGAGGAGUUCUAUUCAGUUUAGAGGAAGUAUCAUAUUAUUUUCCAUUCAGAACUAUGUGGCGAAGUUUUUUUUGUGCUAUGGUUGCAGCGUCUAUGAAUCCGUAUAGAACAGGCAAACUUGUACUUUUCCAGGUUGUUUACGAUAGAGAAUGGCAUGGAUUUGAGCUGUUCUUUUUUGCGUUGUUGGGUAUAUUGGGCGGUCUUUAUGGUGCUUUGUUCAUUCGUAUGAAUCUAAAAGUUGCUGUUUUCCGCCAAAACUCAUGGUUACGUCAUUUUAGUGUACAGGAAGUAGUAAUUAUUUCCCUUUUUACUUCGAUUGUGAGUUAUUUAAACAUUUAUAUGAGGGUCAAUCCAUCCGAACUAGUUGCGAAUCUCUUUCGCGAGUGCGAGGGAGGAGAUUAUCAUAAUUUAUGCAAUUAUAACAAUCACUGGGAACCAACUUUAUUGCUUUUAAUUGCAUCAUUUUUAAAAUUCUUUCUUACCAUAGUAACGUUUGGUUUGAAAGUUCCAGCUGGUGUGUGGUUGCCAUCAAUAGCAAUAGGUGCCUGCUUUGGCAGAGCAGUUGGAUUGAUUGUUCAUGCUUGGCACAAAUAUAAUCCCGGAUUUUGGCUUUUUGCAUCAUGCGAACCUGAUGUUCAAUGUAUCACACCGGGGAUGUAUGCCAUGGUCGGUGCAGCUGCUACCUUUGGAGGAGUCACACGCAUGACAGUAUCACUUGUUGUCAUUAUGUUUGAACUUACUGGUGCAUUGACUUAUGUUCUGCCUAUUAUGAUUGCUGUAAUGAUAAGUAAAUGGGUUGGCGAUGCGUUUGAUAAGGAAGGAAUUUAUGAUGGAUGGAUACGUAUCAAUGAAUAUCCGUUCCUGGAUAGCAAAGAAGAUUAUGUGUAUAACACAUUAGCCUCUCAAUAUAUGACUAGAGUAGAAGACCUGAUGGUAAUAACGGCCACAGGGCAUACUUUAGAUAGUUUAGAUGAAUUACUUAACGAAACAGAUUAUAAAGGUUUUCCUGUGGUCAACAAUUUAAGGAAUAUGCUACUUACUGGAUAUAUAUCGCGUUCGGAGCUGCGAUAUGCAAUGGACAAAGCAAAAAAAAAGCCAGGAAUUUUAUUAUCUAGUCCCUGCUAUUUCUCUAGUAAUCUUCCAAUUCUUGACUCAACUGCUUUCAUCGAUUUUAAACCAUGGAUGGAUCAGACACCAAUUACUAUAUCUCCCAAAUUUCCAAUGGAAAUGACAAUAGAAUUAUUUAAAAAAAUGGGUCUCCGCUACAUUUUAGUUACUCAAAAUGGACAACUUCUUGGUUUAAUUACUAAAAAGGAUGUCCUACGUCAUCUUUCUGCUAUUCGUCACCCAGAUGUCGUGAACUCUGAAGAUCCUCAGGAACAACAAAAAUAUAUGAUUUUAUCAGAACGUAGGAUGUCUGGUCUUACUAAUGAUUUUGUAACAGUUUAA